CCCAGCGUAACGUCCAAUGGGGAUUUUUCUACAGGAGGCGGCUGGGAUGAAUUUGACAUCAUACUUUGAUUUUAUGAAUUAUCAUGUUAUUUGAUUGUAUGGAAAUUGAUGCCGACUCAUUAUAACUCAAUAAUUCAAAAUGUCGACCGAAGCAUCGGAUGAUGAUAUUCUGAAAAACGUUUUUCAGCUCCGAGAACGAUUGAUGCGAACUGAAAAUUCUUUGCAGAAAAUUAACAAACUCGCAGAAAUGGAUGGAACAGAAGCAGACACUGGUGUAAAAUUGUCUUUUUCUGAGCCAUAUUUCCAUCUUGAACCAAAUGAUUCUGUCAAUUUACCUCCACCUUUGACUUUGGAUGAUCUUGGGGAACUUACAACUCAUGAUGAAACUGAUUACUCACCAGUAAAUGAAAGUGUCUUGCGCCAGUGGAACAUGAAUAAUGAAACCAAAAUUGAGAGCCAACAUUCAAAAGCAUUGAGCAGAGCAAGAUCUCCAUCUCCUGAACAUAUCUUGAGAGUAAGUCAAGGCUCUCAUCGUAGUAAUGAAACCUCACAACACAGCUUUAAAAGAAAUCUCAAAAAACAAUUUUCACCACGAAAACUGAUGGGCCCUUCAACGUCUUCACCCAAUUUAGCAAGAUAUGGAAGACAUGCUACUCGUGCUUACAGUUGUGAUGACCUAACAUCCGCUACAGAUAUGAGAGAAAUUUAUGUUGCAGACAGUUACAGAAUGUUAAAAAAACCUAGCGUAAAUUCGGAUUUCUCUGUCUCUGCUCCAAUAUCUCCAAGGAAAAGUAGGUCUACCUCUAGUCAUAACCGCAACUCAUCUACACAAGCCAAUGAUCUUUAUCACAAUUCUGGAUUAUUUGAACCAAUUCAAGGAAUAACAGCUGAUUCAUCAAUAUCUGCUCUUGCUAAUUACACUCUGACAACUCCUAGGAAAUCACCAAGAAAUAACGAAAGUGCUGAUUCCACUUUGUUGGAGCAAACAAAAGAAAAUAUAACCCCUAAUAGACCUAUAUCAGCGAGAUCAAAUGCAACUUCAGUUACAAUGCUUGGUGCGGAAGCUGAGAGUGAGAGAUUGCAGAGUAGAUUAUCUAUGUUGAGAGAAGAUAAUGAAAGACUUCAUUCGCUUGUAUCUGACCUUCGAAGACAACUGGAAAUUGAUCAAUCUAGAAAAAGUGGUAAUGACAUAAGAAUGAUAGAAAAAAUGAGAGAACAAAUCCUUUCAUUGAAAGAAGAAGCAGAAGCCAGUGAAAAGGCUUUGAGACGAGCCGAGGAAUCACUGGAAAGAUCUGAGAUGGUUUGUCAGAAUAAAAUUGACGAUGUCAUCAGUUUAAAAGAUGAAAUAAGUCAUUUGAAAUCGUUGUUAACAGAAAGUGAAAUGACGAAAGAAAGUGCCACUAAAAACUAUAAGGAAGCCUAUCAAGAUGCACAAAGCCUUGCCAGUCAAGUAGGUAACCUGGAACAGAAGCUGUCCAAUGUUAAGAAAGAAAAUGAUAGAGAAACUACUCAACUCCAACAACAAAUUAGUGGAUUAGAAAAAUUUAAAUCAGAAAUAGCAGAGAAAGCAGCUAAACUUCAACAUACUAAUUCUCAACUACAAUCUGAUCUUAGAAAUGCACUUCUUCAGAUUGAGUCAAAGGAAACUAAAGUUAAUGAAAGAGACACAGAGAAACUUCAUAUAUCGCGAGCAUUACAAGACUUACAGUCAAGAUUUGCUGAUUUGAGGAGUAAUUUGAAGAAAAAAGAAAAUGAUUUUGAAGCUGCUGAUAAUGAACGAAAUUCACUUCGGAAACAACUGGAUACGUUUGUUCAAACAAAUCAUUUACAGCAAGAUAGAUUGUCGUCAUGCCAACAUGAAUUAGAAGAAUAUAGAAAUCAAAUAACAAAGUUAGAAAACGAACUUAGAAAAAGUAAACAUGAGCAGAAAUAUCAUGGAGGACCAGUUGACAGUGGAAGAGGUGCAAGUGUUACGUUUAGUGAUAGAUUAACACCAACAAAUGAUUUAGAUAAUUGUCACUGUGAAACAUCACCUAGAAAACAAAAAGCAAUCAUAGCAGAAAUGAAAAUGAAAUUAGCAGCAAAAGAAGCUCAAAUCCAAAGACUCGAGGCAAGAGUCAAUAAUUUUUCGAUGGAAGCUGAAAAGUUGGAAGGAAUACGAGGAGAACUUAUAAAUGUUGUUGAACGAUCCAGACUAGGUGAUAAACGAGCUCAUGAGCUUGAAGAUAUUGUUCAUAAGUUGGAAGAUGAAAGGUCAAAGAUCACCAGACAGUUGAUGGAAUGUGAAGAUCAUUUGAAUGACAAGAAAUCUGAAUGUGAAAGUUUGGAAUCAAGAUUAAAUGAGAGAACAAGGAAUUUAACAAAAUUGCAGUCUGAGAAUGAUGAGCAUCAAAAAAGAAUAUCAAAGUUUGAAUCGGAUUCCAAAAAUAAUGCAACAAGAAUCUAUGAUCUUGAGAGAGAACUUGGAAACAAGACUCAAGAAUGUGAGUCAAGAUACACAGCAUUACAGAGAGCUGAAGAGGAAAUUGCUGAGAAAAAAAGAGCAUUGGACAAUGCUGCUGAGUGGACAGGAAAACGAGAAGCAGAAUCUAGAAGAGAAAUGGAAAAAAUGAAAAAAAUUCAUAAAGAACAACAUGAAGAAAUGGAGGCACAAAUUGAAAAAUUACUAUCUGAUUCAAAUCGUUAUCGAGAGCAAGCGAGAGAGUUGGAAUGUGUAAGUUGUCAGUUACGAGAUGAGAACGAAAUUGUUUCGAAACGUUUAAAAGCUGUGACUUGUGAAUUACAAGAAAUCAAAAAUCAGGAUGAAAUUGAGAAGAAAAAUGAUAAGGAAGCUUUGGAAACGCUGGAAAGAAAAGCAAAAGAAAGUUCUGAGCAAGUGGUUUCUCUUCAAUCUGCAUUGAGUCAAUGUAAAUUAGAAAUAAGAAAUUAUGUUGAUCAAUUGGAGGAAACCAGCAGUAAAUUUCAACAUCAAAUGAAUGUCAAAAAUAGUCAGGUUUUGAAAUAUGAAUCAGAAUUAAAGAUAACCAGAGAAUCAUUGCAAUCUGAAAACCUCCAUGUACAAGCUCUUGAAGUCAAUCUCACUGAAAGACAAAAAAUGUUGCAACAAGCAUCCGACAGAAUUUCUGAACUUGAAGAUUGUCAAUCGUGCAUGCAAUCAAAGAUUGGAAAAUUGGAGCAACAAUUAAACAGAGUGACAAUGAGAUCAAAUCAAGAUAGAGAGCAAUGGGAAGGAAAAAUACAAUCUGCAUGUAGAGAACUAGAAGCUAAAAAUCAACAAUUCACACAACUCAACGAUGCACUCAAGGAGGUUGACAAGGAAUUUAGUUCAUGUAGGAAGGAAUUGAUAUCAGUAGAACAACAAUUACAAAAGUUACGUGCUGACUCAAAUGAUAAAUCGAAACAACUGGAGAAGGUGAAGGAAGAAUUGUCUGAAACAAAAGCCCAAUUGUCUGGCAAAACUCAUCAGAUUUCAAACUUAGAUGAGUUAUUAAAAGAAUCGGAAUCACAAAAGAAAGAACUAGAAGGCAACUUUUCUUCCCAACAAUCUGAACUUCUUCGACUGAGAAAUGAACGUCAGACAUUGUCUCAUCAUAGUACCCAACUGCAAUCAGCAUUGCAGGCAAAAGAUAUCGAUGUUUUGAAAAAAGAAACAUUUGUAGCAAGAUUACAGAGUGCACUCAAAGAAACAAAGGAAAACCUAUCAAAAAAGGAACGAGAUGUAGAAGAUUUGGAAAGAGCAUUAGAAGAUAGACAAUGGGAACUUCAACAAAGAGCUGCCCAGCUCGGUCAACUUGAAGUUAGUGUGAAAGAGCACAAAAGUAUUGCAGAGAAACGACAAAUUGAGCUACAGGCUGAGGCAAGAAAAGCUCAAGUCGAAUUGAAACAAAGAAAUUCACAGGUUGGGACUCUUGAUGAGCAACUUUCUAAUCUCAGAUCUGAGUUGAGUGAGGAACGUCAUCAGCUUGAGGAGAAAGAACAAGAGUUGAGAAGAGUUAACAGAGAAACAGAACAAAGGGAUGAAAGAAUAAAAGAUUUGGAAAAGGCCCUUGAAGAGUCUCGCACUGCAUAUGAAGAACGUCACCGAGCAUGUCUUGAAGUUACUCAAGAAUUACGUGUCGCACGAGAGCAAUCUCAGAAAUCAUCUCAACAAUGGCAAGACGCACAACGUGAGCUUACUAGACUUCAACAUCAGCAAGAAAACUUGUUUGGAGAUUUGGAAUCAUUAGGAAAAACAGAUAAAGAGAAAGAAAAUCAUUUAAGUGAAUUGUCUGGAAAACUUGCAGCGUCACAAGUUGAAAAGUCAGCAAUUGAAGGAAGAUAUGCUUCUGAAUUAGAUAGAUUGAGAAAUGAUGUUUUAAAAAUGCAUCAACAACAUCAAGAAGAGAUUGCAAGAUUGCGUAAUGAACACACUCAACAACUAACCAAAGCUAAAAUCAAAGCGGGGGGUCGUUCAGAAGAUCUUCGAAACGCUAUAGAAAAGGAGAAAGAAGCAAAUGAAGAAUGUGAAUCGAUGCGUGAUGUUGUUCUGUCGUUGGAGAGAGAAUUGUUAGCUCGAAAACAAGUCAUUGAAGCAGCGAAUGACACUAUUGUAGUCAAGGAAGCAGAAAUUGCAAGACUUGAAGCAAAACUGGCUGGAAUAGAAAGAGGGAAAAGAAUGCAAGAUUUUUCAUCUCCUGAAAAGCUACAGCAGGCUGUAAAUGAGGCAGAUGAACAACCUGAUUUUUUGCCUUCGUUUCUGGCACCAGAUGCCAUGGAUGAUGCUCAACUUAAAACAUUAUGGAGAUCACCAGAAGAAAAUAUUAAAACAAGGCAACAACCGGCUCAUGGAUCUUCAACAUUAUUUUCUGGUCUUGAUCCUGAUUCAAGUAGUUUGUCCCCCAGCUUUAUUCAUAUUGCUGCAAGUACGAAAAGGCCGAAUACUGUUGAUGAUGCUCUUGCAAGAGUUUUGGCAAAUUCACCAAGUAAAGAGUUAGAUGCUUCUACUAACAUGGAAGAGUCCUUAUUUGCCAGAGUAUUUGACAACACUCGAGCUGCUGAUUCUGAAAAUAGACUGACACAACGACAUUCUGAUGCAAGGAUGAGUCGCGGAACUUCUCGUUCUGUAUCUGACAAUAAUCAAUUUGGUUUUGGAUCGGAAUUAAAACCAGACCAAUGCAUGGCGGAUCUCCAAGAGAGGCUUCGUGCUAGUGAACAGAGAAGACAAGAAGUAACUUCAAAACUAAGACAGCUAAAGACCAAUGCCAAGUCAUGAGUAGUUCUCAGAUCAUUUUAAACAUGAUUCUCUAAAGAGUGGCAAUCUUAUUUUAUAUUGGCCAAUGAGCUGUUGAGAGAUUUCUUAAUAUUCCAAACUUACUAUGUGGAAUUGUGGUAAUGUGAUUUUGUUUCCAACUGUGAUCAAAUCGUUUUUUUUUUCAGUAUUCAGUAGCCUUGUAAGUAUAAGGUUGAGUGGGAUGGGAUUACCUCCUUGCUGAAAAUGGUUAAAUGGAACUUCCAUAAAGUGACGUAAUUGUAAAUGUGUAAAUAGAGGAUGGUUGGUUUAUAAUAUGAAACUUGUACAAGAUAAAAAAUGUUUCAUUUAUCAUACCGACUUUUUUUAAAUUUAUAUUUUUGCAACCUCAUAGUUAUACGUACUAGAUGUAGACAGUCAAUAUAUUUU